GGAUUAUCUCAGACAGUCAACAUGUGGUUGAUUAAGUUGGUGCUAUCUGCUUUAGUGGCGUUUGUCUGGGUUACUGCUGAGGAAGAAAUUCAAGUGGAAAUUCCUCAGGGUAUAUUGAAAGGUCUAAAAUUGCAGACAGUAUGGCAUAAUAAGCCGUAUUAUAGUUUUAAAGGAAUACCUUAUGCAAAGCCUAAUGUUGGAGUCGACAAGUUUAAGAUGUCGGAGCCUGCUGAUCCUUGGGAAGGUGUCUACGAUGCUACGAAGCAUCGUUCGUUCUGUCCAUUAUUUUGUAUGGUGCAACAAACUGUUGUAGGUGACGAGGACUGCCUCUAUCUUAACGUUUAUACUCCAGAAAUGAAUAAGGAUGCUAAUAAAGCUGUAAUGGUAUGGAUUCAUGGUGGUAACUGGAAUUCAGGAUUUGGAAACUCUGACUUUUAUGGGCCAGAUUUUCUCGUUGAACAAGAUGUCGUUAUUGUUACUUUCAACUAUAGACUUGGUGCUAUUGGUUUCUUAAACACUGGAGAUGAACAUGCUCCUGGAAAUGCUGGUAUGAAGGAUCAAGUGAUGGCAUUAAUGUGGGUUAAAGAUAACAUACAUUACUUUGGAGGAUCUCCAAAUAGAGUCACUAUAUUCGGUGAGGAUGCAGGUGGUGCCUCUGUCCAAUAUCACAUGCUAUCACCGAUGUCAGAAGGAUUAUUCAACAACGUCAUCGAACAAAGUGGAUCGAUAUUAAAUCCAUGGGCACUACAAUAUCGACCCAAAGAAAUGGCUUUCAAAUUGGGCGAGACACUAGGAAUUCGUACACAGGAUACUGGUGAAUUGGUCAACAAACUCGCUGAAUUUUCGGGAAAAGACUUAGUUACAGCAUCCAUGGAGAUGAUGAAGGAUAUUAAUACGAUGAAUGGACUUUCAUACGCUUUUGUGCCAGCAGUAGAAUAUGAUUUUGGUCAGGACGUGUUCUUAACGAGUGAUCCCUGGACUCUUUUGAAAACUGGCAAAAUUACUAAUGUACCGAUUAUGGGUGGUGUUACACUACAUGAAUCUGCUUUCAUGGCAGAAGCAUUGUUGUCAAAGGCUGAAUAUUUGAACGGACAACUCGAAGAUGUUCUACCUAAUGAUGUAAACAUAACCGAUCCUGUUCAAAGAAAACAAUUAGCUGAAUCUAUGAAGGAAUUUUAUCUUCACGGCAAAGAUAUAUCCAAGAAUACCGAAGAAGAAUUCACACAGAUGUUAACCGAUGCUUACUUCACCACUGGAACGGCAUUCUCUUUAAAUUUUAUUACUCAUAGAAACACAGCAUCAGUUUAUCAAUACUUAUUCGAAUACGAAAGUCCAAUUGGUUUCAUGAAAAAUAUAGCAAACUCUGAAAAGGGCGUAGCCCAUGGGGAUGAAUUAGUUUACCUAUUUUAUUCGAACUUUUUCAAUAACUUACCUAAGCCUGGUUCACCCCAGGAGAAAAUGACGCGGAUUAUGACUAAAUUGUGGACAAACUUUGCGAAAGAUGGAAAUCCAACUACUAAGUUAGACGAAGACAUUACCAUCGAUUGGGAACCAAAAAAUAGAGAAAUAUGUAAAUAUAUUCAUAUCAAUCAAGAUUUGAAUAUGGACAGACAUUUAUUAGGAGAAAGAGUUCCAUUCUGGGCAGAAAUGUAUAAAAAUGCUAUGAAUUAGUUUAAUUAAUCAUAAUGCA